AUGGCUUUAUGUUCACCAGUGUUCAACAACAAAACAGCUAAGCGUCGCAACUCAUUCCAAGGUCCUGCUAUUUCGAAGAGGAUAUGUGGAAGUCUCUUGCCUUCGUCAAUCGCGUGCUACUCGUCAUCGGAUGAUCAGAAUGAUGAUUCAUCAGACGAGCAGUCGUGCUACAAUGCGGACCAAGUGAAGGCCAAGAGAAGAGCAUCGACGAGGGUCUCGUUCUGUAUGGACUCGGAGUUGUGCAGAGCAGUUUCAAAGUACAGCGAUGACGAGGAGGAUAAUGACGCCAACGAUAGCACAUCCACCAGCGGAUGUACUCUCAUUAACAACCCCAGAAAGAUGAGCACAUCAUCAGAUCUGGAUAAGAAGGUUGUUUCUGAUGAUGAUAAGACAUCGCGCUCUCGUUGUUUCGAGUAUUUGGUUGGUGCCAUUGACGAAGCAUGGGCAAGGUAUUGCGACGUAACUACAUCUGUUGAGGAUGAAGUUUAUGGAUACAAUACACCUUCGUCAAUUGCAACCGACGAUGAAGAUUAUCUCGGUAAUACUACUGAUAUUACCGAUUACGAAAGUGACUUUGAAAUUUCAAAGUCACGCCAGUCAUCCAUAUCUACGGGUGACAAAACGAACUCUUCUUCGCUACAAGCGUUGAAGGAUCGUCUUACCAAAGCGAAGUACUUUUUGCAAGAUCUUGUUGAUUCGGAUGAUUUAACCGAUGUAGUUUCAUUCUGGAAGAGAUGGGACAUGAUCAAGUACGCGACUAUUGAAUUGGUUGAAGACGAUGAUGAUGACGAAAUUAUUGAAUCGACCAUCGAUGAGUUAGAAGAUGGUCGCUGUUUUGUAAAUUAA